AUUGGUAACACCUGCCAGUCAGUGUCAAAAUGGCAGCCGGGCCAAUUGCUGAAAGAAAUCAAGAUGCUACAAUUUACGUGGGAGGUCUUGAUGAUAGAGUUUCGGAGACAUUACUGUGGGAAUUAUUCGUACAAUCUGGACCCGUGGUUAAUGUGCACAUGCCCAAAGAUCGUGUGACACAAACACAUCAAGGAUAUGGAUUUGUUGAAUUUAUGGGUGAAGAAGAUGCUGAUUAUGCCAUCAAGGUUAUGAAUAUGAUAAAGCUCUAUGGUAAACCUGUCAGAGUAAAUAAAGCUUCAGCCCAUCAGAAAAAUUUGGAUGUAGGUGCUAAUGUUUUCAUAGGAAACUUGGAUCCUGAAGUAGACGAGAAACUUCUAUAUGACACAUUCUCAGCGUUUGGAGUGAUUUUACAAACUCCAAAGGUGAUGAGAGAUCCUGAGACUGGAAACUCGAAAGCAUUUGCUUUUAUUAACUUUGCCUCAUUUGAAGCUUCCGAUGCUGCAAUAGAGGCUAUGAAUAAUCAGUAUCUGUGUAAUAGACCAAUAUCAGUAUCCUAUGCGUUCAAGAAGGAUGUUAAAGGAGAGAGACACGGCUCUGCUGCAGAGAGAUUACUAGCUGCACAGAAUCCGCUUUCGCACGCGGACCGUCCUCAUCAACUAUUCGCGGAUGCACCACCGACGAUGAUGGGCCCAGUGUUGAUGGCGCCGCCACCACCGCCCACGCCCUCGCCAAUGCCACCUCCCGGCCCACCGAUGGGCGCGCGGCCACCUCCCCCUCUACCUAUGACGGCUCCACCACCGCCGCCGUCGUCGAUGCCGCCGCCUGGACCACCACCGCCCCCUGGACCACCGCCGCCCCCGCCGCCGUUCCACCACUUCCCCCCACCCCCGUUUGGACCACCCGGCUUCGGACCACCUCCGCCCCCGGGAUCGCGACCGCCACCUCCGUGGAGACCACCGCCGCCGUCCUUCAGACCACAGUUCCCGCCACGGGGCCCUCCCCCUUUCGGACAUCCGCCUUAUCCUCCACAUCAUCCACCGGAGCCGAAUUAUUCAUAUUAAUUGUUAAGAUAAUAAUAAAAAUAAAUGAUAUACUUU